CAGUUUUGUCUCCCUUUUAAGAGUGUGACUGUGAAAUGGAUCGUGAGAGCAAUUUCGUUACUGUAUCGCGUUUGCAAGAAAUCUUUGAUGAAGGUGAACUUCACAUCGCCGUGCAAUUAAUUCGCGAAGCACUGGGUUUGUCGAAGGAAGUCGAAUCGUCCAGUGAAUGUCUCUCUCUAGUUUCGAAAAAGUACAUAAAGGCUGUGCGUGAUGCCUUCUCUUUGGAGGAAAAAACCGACGAUGAAAUACUGACUUUCAUACGCAACACGUUAGCGGACAAAGUGGCAGUUUCAGAUGCUUUCAAAGAUCUUGAAGUGCUUGAGGAAGAGACUGCGAUACAGCUGAACGAUCACAUAUCCUGUUUAUCGAAGCUAACAGGAGACGAAUUGAAAUCACGGCAAGAAUUGGCGGCUUUCAUGGAAGAUCUGAAAUUGACUGCGGAGGCCGAUCGGGAUGUCAUCACCAGUGCGACGAGGGAUGCUGAAACGUAUUUGCAUUGCAUUCAGCACGCCCCUUACUCGGAUGUGAUGUUGAACCAAAUUUCGUCUGCGUUGGACAAAUAUGAGAAACAAGUCGACGAAGAGCUUCGGACCGCCAACGAAACCAUGGAUAAGCUCAGAAAAGUUACAUCCGCUCACCCGGACUUCGACUCCCUCGUUGAUGAAUUCAAUCGGCUUGGCUGGCUGAAGUACCUGAAAGAUGUGAUCGAUAUCGCCGGAGAGGCGUCCGCAAAAUCGCAAGGCCUGAGUUCUGCGAUAACAUCCUUCGAGAAGAUGCGAAAUUUUGAUCACGUGCUUUACAUCAUUACGAAACCAUCUGAGAAAAGGAAUCAAGGCAUACUUAUGGGCCUGCUGAAAGUUGGCUACAAAAAGCUGUACUUGCUUGACGAAAAUGGUGCAACAAAUGAAGUAAAACCCAUGUGCAUUCUGGAUUUCUAUGUCCCAGAAGCCAUUCAACGACGUGGGCAUGGAAAGAUGCUCUUUGAAUUCAUGCUUGCUGAUCUGAAAGUUUCUCCUGUUCAUCUGGCGAUUGACAGGCCAUCCGAGAAAUUCUUGACUUUUUUGAAAAAACAUUACUCCUUGGACUCAACUAUUCCACAAGCAAUCAACUUUGUUAUCUACGCAGGAUUUUAUGAUGGUCGAACUGACCAGGUGAUUAAAAACUCAAGAGAUAAAAUGUGGACAGAUGAGCCAGGGACAGCUUGCCGAAAUCCUCCUGUUCCAGAGGUCACUUUUUUCUCUACAGCUGCUAAGCGUAAAAGUACGAUUUCUCACAUUAUGAAUCAUGAUCAACCUGGGGAUACCUUGAAUGGGGCUAACGCGCUUCCCAAGUCUGGUAGUCAACUAAGGAGCGAUUCCUCAAGCCAUGGUGAUCCAUCUGCGGCAGCUGGAAGGCCUGCUAAUCAGCGCUCCACUGAUUUCGAUCCUUUCAAGCCAAGAAAUGGUUUUAUUGCGACGAAGUCAUGCACGGAUACGAAGUACAGUCACAACCGAUUGUGGUGAUCCUCAAGAGUCCCACUUGUCGAAGAAGGGGGUUAAUUUUUGUCAGUGUUUCUCCAGAGUAAAAGCGGAAAAAGUUUGACGGAUUAAGUUGGAGAAAAUUGAGUGUGCGGGGGAUUCUGACCAUAAUUCAGAUAUUUUCUUUAAAAUGUUUGUAUAAUUUCAAAUUGGCUUUUAUUGACGAUGACGUUCCACUUUGGGUUGACCCCGCUGCUGACAUCUUUACUCACAAAAGCAUCGCUUUGAAAACUUGAAAAUUUCAAUUCAACGAAAUAGUAGAGGAAUCUUUCCGAAGCAAAUCUUACUAUUGAUUUAUUUUCAACCAAAACUAAGCUUGUAUGAUGUGUUAUCUUCUUGUACACCCCCUUUUCCUAAGUUUUCCUUCCUCAUUUGGAAUCCCGGUUUUACGAGGUAUGGAAUGCGUGAAAGGAUCUCUGCUGAUCUGAGCUCAUAGCAAGGACUCAUUCCACUGCUUAUUGAAGGCUUGUAAUUUUGAAUCUAGUUACUGGAGUCGUUGGUGAACGGAGUGAUAACAAAUUAAUAUUGCAUUUAAAGCGAAAAUGGAUGUUGUGGCACUAGAAGCCGAUGCCUGGUUCCGAACGUCUUGAGUUUCGUUUUUCACAGCUGUGAUGUGUUUGAUCGUUAGUAUUUUUUGCCUGGUAGAUACCAUUUCCAAAGAUAAGAGAAAGGAAGCGGAAUCCACGGCAGGAAAAUCAGAAAAGGGUUUGCUAACACAUUGUGAUUUGUUCUAGACUUCGUUUCGAUUUAGUCCUUGUGCAGCACAAUAAAAGUCGUGCUAAUUAUUUAUGUCUUCGAAACGUCCGUGAACUUGUUUUUUGCUGAUGAAGGAAAGAAGAUCGCAUAGCCUGUUUGCAGAAUGAUCAACAUUGUGAUUUUUUCCCCCUGAAAAUGUGCGGUCAGAUAUUGUGUUGUGUCUGAGAAGUUACUGUACAGUGGAAAAGAAGUUUUAAAUAAAACAUGAGCUUUCUGUACACAAUCCAGAGGGUCGCAAGUGAUGUGGAUGAUCUCUACUUGAAACGUCUAUGACAUUACGUUCUUCCCACUGCACAGUAGUUGUUCGGACACCGUAUUCGAAGGUCGGCGUUGUCCUUACUUGAAGAAAAGAAAUAAUGAAUACCGUACACUCAUA